CCGGUGCUGGGGCGUGUCUAGCCGCGGUGCCUCCCGCGCUUUAUGGUCCCCGUCGUUUCCAGUCUCCUCAGCGGUGGUGGCUAGAGCCGGGUGGAACGCGGCGGUGGGUGCGGGCUUGUCCUGCCCGCGGCGGCUAUGGAGCUGGAGGUGCCCGAAGAGGCGGAAGGCUUGGCUGUGGCGGGUGCUGGUGCCAUCACCCCGGAGGCUGGCGGGGGAGGACUGGACGCGGCAGGAGGUCUGGCACCAAAGAAAGCAGCCAUCACUGAGGGACCAUCGCUACCAGGACAGCCUGGCCAAGGAAGGAAGAUAGGUCAUCGAGGCGUUGAUGCUUCUGGUGAAACCACCUACAAAAAGACCACCUCAUCCACUCUGAAGGGGGCUAUCCAGCUAGGGAUUGGAUAUACUGUCGGCAAUCUGAGCUCCAAGCCAGAGAGAGAUGUCCUGAUGCAGGACUUCUAUGUAGUGGAGAGCAUUUUUUUCCCAAGUGAAGGCAGUAAUCUCACCCCGGCUCACCAUUAUGCUGACUUCAGGUUCAAGACCUAUGCACCGGUGGCUUUUCGGUACUUCCGAGAACUCUUUGGGAUUCGUCCAGACGAUUAUUUGUACUCGUUAUGUAACGAGCCUCUGAUAGAGCUGUCGAACCCUGGUGCCAGCGGCUCCCUCUUCUAUGUCACCAGUGACGAUGAAUUCAUCAUAAAAACUGUGAUGCACAAGGAAGCUGAAUUCCUACAGAAGCUCCUUCCUGGCUACUACAUGAAUCUGAACCAGAACCCACGGACACUGCUGCCAAAGUUUUAUGGACUGUACUGUGUGCAAUCAGGGGGCAAAAACAUCCGCGUGGUUGUGAUGAACAACAUUCUGCCUCGCGUGGUGAAAAUGCACCUGAAAUUUGACCUGAAAGGCUCGACCUAUAAACGCCGGGCAUCCAAGAAGGAAAAAGAAAAGUCCAGCCCUACAUACAAGGAUCUAGACUUCAUACAAGACAUGCCUGAGGGCCUGAUGUUGGAUGCAGACACCUUCAGUGCAUUGGUGAAAACCUUGCAACGAGACUGUCUGGUGUUGGAAAGUUUUAAAAUCAUGGACUACAGCCUCCUGCUUGGGGUUCAUAACAUAGACCAGCAAGAACGGGAGCGACAGUCUGAGGGAGCCCACAGCACGUCGGAUGAGAAGCGUCCUGUGGGGCAGAAGGCACUUUACUCCACGGCUAUGGAGUCCAUCCAGGGUGGGGCUGCCCGGGGGGAGUCCAUAGACACAGACGACACGAUGGGAGGAAUCCCAGCAGUGAACGGCAAAGGAGAGCGUCUCCUGCUACAUGUAGGAAUAAUAGAUAUCCUUCAAUCAUACAGGUUCAUCAAGAAGCUAGAACAUACCUGGAAGGCCCUUGUCCAUGACGGGGACACGGUGUCAGUACACAGACCGAGCUUUUAUGCAGAGAGAUUCUUCAAAUUCAUGACCAACACAGUGUUUCGAAAGAAUUCCUCUCUGAAGUCAUCUCCCUCAAAGAAAGGGCGUAGUGCCUUGCUAGCUGUCAAGACGGCUGGUCCAACGGCUGCGUUUUCAGCUAGCCAGCUUCCCUCUGAAAAGGAUGAAACACAGUGUGAUCUUCGUGCAGCCAGGAGUUACCCCACACUUGAUGAUGAAGCAGGCAGGCCAGACCUGCUACCCUGCACACCUCCUUCCUUUGAAGAAGGUACCACGGCCUCCAUAGCCACAACACUAUCUUCAACUUCUCUCUCUGUUCCUGAGCAAUCCCCUUCGGAGAUCUCUGAGCAGCCCAGGUACAGGAGGCGCACACACUCCUCAGGGCAGGAUGGCAGGUCACAUGAGGAGGUGCAGUUUGAGGAGCUUCAGCAGAUCAGUGUUGAGCUGGAGCCCAAGUGUGAUGUUGAAAUCAUAGCUCCCGAAGAUGAUGACAAAGAAGUGGCAGCUUCUUCAGCCUGUGCCAUUGUAAUGUCCACAGCUACAGUAGAGGUGGAGACAGCCAGCCAGGCCUCUGAAUCAGCCAGCCAGGCCUCGGAUGAAGAUGAUGUGCCAGUCACAGAUAUAUACUUUCUGACAGACGAGAGGAGUUGGGUUUACUCCCCGCUCCACUAUAGCACUCAACUCCACCCUGUCUCUGAUGAGGAGAGUGAUACAUAACCUCUAUGCAGACACAGAAGCCCCAGAGAGCAGCGAUUUCCUCUGCAGGUCAAUGUGUUCCCUUUUCGUUGAUGCAGCCGUUCCAGUGGGAUGGGGGAAAGCUUGCUGACACCAGUAUUGCUGCACUGCAGGAUCCCGGGCACUGCAUUUCAGAAUGGAGCAAAACUAUAACCCUGUAUUUCUACUUAUCCCAGACAUGGGCAGCAAAGAAACCACCCACUCACCCGUAGCUCCCAACGGAGACAUCCAGCUGGGUGUAGAGAAUCCUGGGUAGUAACAGUGUUUUCCAGACGUGCACUACCGUAGCUACCUAUCCAUGUGAUACUGUGAACCUUCUUAAUUUUUUAAUCACGUAUUUAUUUCUUUUAUCUUUGCACAGAGACAGCACAAAUGUGCUUUUUUUAAAAAAAAAACAUUUAGUUUACUGCACUUUUUUCUGGUCAGAUAUUUUGUGCAUCAAAGGAGUGUGAGACCUCACUGGAGAGUUGGUAGGAGCAUGUUGCUGGGGAGGGCAGGGACCGGAGUGGCUUGUUUGGGGCAGCAGCAUGGUCUAACCAACUGAUGGAGUCAGGAGGUUUAAGGCUAUCCAGGCUCUGUCAACAGUUUUGCCGAGUGACCGAAGGCAAGUCACUUAACCACUCUGUGCCUCGGUUUUCCCCAUGCGAAUGUGUGUACAGUACCCACUUCCGUUAAGGCACUUAAACCCUGGGAUGAAAGGUGCUAUGUAAAUGCAAUGUAUUAAAGGCCAUUGAAUAGAAUUGCUCCCACAUUACAGUGGUCCAAAGUAGCGACGCCAAUUUACUUGGAUUCAAAAAGUUGCUAGUGACUUCUCUUGACCUGUAGCCCUGUGCGGGGGAAGCAAAGGAUUCCUGGCAACAGUGAUGUGGUCACCUCAGCUCUCCUCUGGACAUCGCGAUGGGUUCUGUCUUCACCAUGUGCCACACUGCUGCGUCACCCUGUCCCUCCGUGCUCGGAGUCCAUGCUUUGUCUUACCGGCUGUCACACUGCCACCUGCUCCAGACACACAGGCAUGGACAGAUGAGAACUGUGCACCUCCAGGGACCAGCUCUGCUGGAGUGAAAGUUCCCUGCUCUGCCUGACCCCAGUCAUGGCUUGUCCAGAUGCUGCAUCCUCCUGGAGCCACUUAGCACCUCGCAUGUGCAUGGGUGUAUCUGACUGACCAGUACUUGGGGGUCAUGAACACUGGGGUUCAUGCGUAUCCUCUGUACCUCAGGGCAGUCAGGGAGGGGUGUGCACGUUUGCAAAUGCUGGAGGCAGAAACAGAAGCCUGGCCCUGCCACCUAAUUGUGCCAGGCACUUUUGUGUUGGACAAAAAGCUGGGUGACUGGGAUGUUGCCUGUGGUAACAUCUGCUAUUGGAAAUCGCUGCUUCAGCUGUCUGAGACAGUUUGCUUUUCAAGGGUUGUAGGCUUUAGGUGAGAGGAUUUUGGUGUCACUGGGUGGUGGUCAGACUAGGCUCAUCCAUCUGUCAGCAAGGCACACACCAUAGCAUUGUUGUGAAUUCUAGCAAUCCCAUCCUCAUCUCCCACAGAGAAGAAAGGAAAUCCUUUAGAACCAGAGGGAUCCAGGUCUUAUUCAUGUGCUUUAUGAACCUUACUUGAGAAAGCAGGUCAAAACCUCUCUAGUCUCAUUACAAUCUUCAGACUGUCCUUGGGAUUCCUGGCAAAGGAGUGGGGAAGCAGAACCCUUCUCCUGGGGCUCAGUCCCCCCAAUCUGUCUUCACAGCAGCACUCAUGAUGGGUUAAUUCAGGUCCCAGAAGGUAGCUGGGCUGGUAGAAAGCUCUUCCCCUCUGCAGUGUGCUGAACAUGAAGAUCUUCAUGAAUUGAUAUUUUCUUGCCUAGAAGUAUGGGACUCAGACUCCCCCCCUGCCCCUUGCCUGCAGAUGCUGAAGGCUGUAAGGUGUUCUCUCAAGGGCACAGGCUGGGGAUCUUGCAAGCUGCUGCCAUCAGAUGUAUUCAUAUAUUUACCAAAUCUAUCAAAAGUCUUUCAAGAAACUCUCAGUUGCUACUCGACAGCUUGUUCAUCUAGCACUAUAGUGUUGCUCCAUGACAGCCCUUGCAGCAGGCUGGGAAACUGCUCCUAACCCACCCCAUCUGCUUGUGCCAGUCCCACCCGGGCCCCACAGGAGAUAGGAGUGUGAUACCUACAGACUAACCCACCUCUGGACUGAAAGCAAGAGACUUCAAAACACUAAAAUUUCAGCCUUCCUCCAGAUGCUUGAUACCAUGCGUAGAGAGGCCAGAGGGAGCCACAUCCCUUCUGCAUCUUCAGGAUGCUGCUCUUGGGUACUGUGCUGCAGGAGCAUAGCUCGGGGGGGGAAUGCGGGAUGUUGGGCUCAGGCUGCCUGACUCAAGGCCCAGCUGCCCUGGUACCACCUUGUUCAUGGGCUGGUGGGUUUAGCCUCUUCAGGACCUUCCAGCCAACUGAAAUGAAGCAUCUUGUUUAAGAUGGUUUAAGUGUCACUGAUGGAGACUUUAUUCCUUCUCCUCAUUUCAGGGGUCUCUAAAGCUGCUUAGCCUCUGUGCAGGGAGCACCUGAGCCCCACCUUCACAGAAUAUUUCAGUGAAUGAACUCUGCAAGCUGGAGCUGCACUUGGUCCAGCAUGUUCAUUCCAAGUAUCAUCUUUCCUUAAGUGUUCAGGCUUUUUGAGACAAUCCUUGUGCAGUUCUGUAAUGCUGAUCCCUUUAGGAGUGAGCAGGUCUGGACACGGAGAGUUGGUCCUGUGAGAGGACAUGCAAAGGGUGUAGAGCAACUUUGUCAAUGUGAGGGGACAGGAGGAGCCCCCUUUUUGGGAGAUGCUGCUCUGAAAUGGAAGCUGUCACUCCAAGGCUCCCACACACUCCCUGCUGUGUGUCACCUACUGUCCGGUUAGCUCAGUGCUGCGUAACUGCUCAGCCUCUGCUUCCCAUGGAGGCUAAAAGGACCUUGGUGUUUAAAGCUUGCUCUUAGCCCACCUCUGCACUGCGCUGCAGUGUGAGAGCAUCGGGGAGCUCUUGAGCGUUUCCCAGGCACUGUCAAGGCUGCCUUUGCAGGACAUGCAGGGUCAGAGGAGGGCAGGACUAGGUUUUGCCCACAGGAAGAUGCAUCGACCCUUUUUUGGGGAAGAGACCCACCGCCUGUCCUUGGUCUGAACGUCCCUCCAGUUGGACUUCCAGCCCAUCUGGGAUGUAAGUUGCCUGUACUUUGUGUCAGGGCUUUCUCUAGCGACCCAGCAGCUCACUUGCAGGUGCUGUCCCUGCUGUAACCCUCUGCCCUCUCUGUCGUUAAAAGGAGGCACUGUGGUUUUUUGCUCCGAGAUUUGAGCAGAGCAGCCCUGCGAGACAGCCGGUUCCCAUGUAGCUCUGUUUGCAACCACUCUCCUUCAUCCCCACCAUCCCAGCUGGGCCCCUCAACUGUGGGAUGUGCCCUGGACGUUGCCUGGUGCUGAGGCUGCUGGUGAGCUUUCGGCUCUUGCCAAACUGCAGGUGGCGGCUGCCUGCCAGGUAUGGAUCUGGCAAGAGAAAACUGGUGUCUUCUGUGCUUGCAUCAAGCUCCUGGAAAGGCUCAGCUCUUCACAGGCACAUGUAGAGCAGAGGCAUGGGGCAAACCAAGGAGCUAGUAUAGAGAAUCCUGAAUGCUCACGCAAGGGAUCCAGCUUUUGGCUGCUGUUGGCUCUGUGGUGAGCAGCUCUGCUGCAUGUGCCAGAAUCGCACUUUGGGAAGUUUUUUAGUAAAGCUGGAGCAUUUGUGGGUCUUGGCACAGGGCUGGCACAGGCACAGCAGUGUUUGCAUGGGCUCCCUCAUCCUGGGUCCUUGCUGGGUGCCCAAAGCAUGGCACAGCCCAGCGUUUCCCCUUCUUGUUUCCAGCCACUGUUGUGCUCCAGCUCUUUCUGAGAAGGACAAGGCGAAAGCCACGGCUCAGGUGUACCGGGAUCGUGUCUGCUUUUUCUUUCUGUUGAUGUCUACAUUAGACCCAAGUAUGUUCUAUUGGCUGUUCAUAUUCCCACUCAUUUUCUGUGUCUGCUCUCUGCGCGUGCCAUGUAAUGAAUGUAUGUAAAUAGGGGGGCGUGGGGGGCUGACGGCUGAAAUGUGAUGCCAACCCGCGGGUAUUGUCAUGUUUCUUUGGGGGGCGUGUGUUAAUUCACGAGCGCUUUUUUCCUUUUUUCUUGGUGGUUUUGCGGGUUUUUUCCCCCUCCCUCUUCGGGGAGACCUUUUUCCAGAGAACUGUAAGUUGAUGCUAUCUGUCCUCGGCUCUAUGAUAAAGACUGUGGUCUGUGCUGUGCUCA